AUGCAGUCAGUCACCGUUCUGCCCCACGUUAUCCAGAGCACCGAUCGUCCUUCAGAGCAUCGAUCCGAGCACCGUAGUGAACCCGCACGAGAAGAUGCACGCCAGGGACGUGGGGAAAGUGGCCCGAGGGGAGCAGGCGCCGAGGCCGCCGCACGAGCCCGGCAGCGUAGCCGACUCGCCGCCGCCGCCUACGUCGAGCUGCGCACUGCGCCCUGCGACUUCCGGUUCCCGACCCAGAACCAGACGCGCCACUGCUGCGUGCGCUACCUCGAGUACCACCGGUGCAUGAAGGUCAAGGAGGGUGACACGUCGGAGUGCGGCAAGUUCCAGCGCUACUACAGAUCUCUCUGCCCCACGGAUUGGGUUGUGGAGUGGAACGGGAAUCUAAUCUGCUGUAUCAUCUUAGGGAGCGAGUGACGACAUGUCAUUUCGAUGUACCAGUAGUUACAUAAGCACAGAGACAGCGGUCUGAAUCUAUGUUGUUGGCCCCUCUCCUUAAAAUGCUUCCAGCUGGUAGUGUUUGCCAUCUCAAGUUGAUUCUUCACAAAUACAUUUUCCAGCUCCAAGUUUCUUCAUGUCACAGCAAUUGAGGUCCCUAACCUCAAUUUUGGCUACGGUCUCCAUUUAUCAGAUAGCUUCGAUGGACACUAGAAGCAUACGCGCGCCUUGCUGCGCCGCUUAAACUGCUACGGUGUCCAAGUCUGAAAAAUAUUAAACUGCUACUGUGUCAAGUCUGAAAAAUAUGCCUUGAAUGCUACCAUGAGCUAUCCAUCUCACUCUUUUUUAACCGAAAUACUGCUUAUAAAUGUGUACUGGGAAUUGUCGUAGCACUUGCUCUUACCUCGAGUUAACAUCCAGACAAUUGAAAUAGAUCGGAUAAUUGUCUAGUUGUGGAAGAGAAGUUCAUAUCAGUCCUAGGCACAAAGCA